AUGCCAUCGGCCACAAAGCCACCGGCACCGGCACCGGCACCGGCCUCCCUCGCGGAUCUCCUGCCGGGAAAGCAUGUCGAGGGCGACUGCGGUGUUGACGCGAGCGUGCCGCCCGCCUGGCUCGACCGCGCCAAGUAUGCGCGCGGACUGGCAGCGUACCGCGAGUACUCCUUUGGGAUUGGGCUAACCUUCCACUUUUCCCUUGUCCUGGGCUUCACCAAUAGGGCGCUCGUCCACAUCCUCGAAGACUCGGGCGGCUCUGGCACGCCGCCGCAAGCAUUAAACCGCUACCUUGACACGGGGAAGCACAUCACCUGCUGGCUCACCGGCGACGUUUUCGGGACCAGCGACGCCGCGUACAAGAGUGUCGAGCAGGUGCGAGACAUCCACAAGGCUGUCCGCAAGGCGCAGGAGGCCCAUGGCAAGACGCUCAUCAUCAACCAGUAUCAGCUCCCAAUCACGCAGAUGGCGUUCGUGGGCAUGGUCGCGCUCGUGUCGGACAAGCUCGGGUUCGCACUCAGCGAGAGCCAGCUUGAGGGCUACGUGUACCUCUGGCGGUGCAUUGGCCGCCAGUUAGCCGUCGAAGAUAGGUUCAACCUCUGCGGAGGCGGCGCGGAGCGCGUGAGGGCAAUCACCAGGGAGGCCAACAAGAGCGUGGUGUUCCCGCAGGCGGCAAAGCCUUGCAAGGCGUUCUACGACAUGGCCGACGCUUACAUUGGCGGCAUGAACCUGCUUUUCUGCGGCCUCCCGCUUCUAUCGGUGCGCUCCACCAUUGCGGUCUCGUACUACGCCGCUGACAAGUGGGACGAAAUGCCGUUCGAGCUCUCGGCGCUCGACUACGUCCGCUAUCUUAACUAUCGCUUCCUUUUUGUCGCGAUGCGGUGGCUGCCCUUCUUCCAGCGCCUUGCGAGCGCCUUGCUCGUGGCGAUCUGCCUCGCGCAGCGAGAGUGUCCGUCUGGCCCACCGUCUUCGUGCCCCCUUGGUGGUGCUCCGGCCGGCAUCUGCCCCGAGCUCCACCCAGCGGGUGGCUGCCCGGGCGACCCUCGACCGCUGGGCGCCAAGACGCGGGCUCUCAGAGCCAUGCUCCUCACCCUCGUGUUGGGCAGCGUGCUGUUGGUCUGGCUCUCCACGGCCUUGCUGCUGCUGAUCGCCGUGCUCGCCGCCAUGUGGACCGGGCUGGCGCUCUCCGGCCUGUCGGCUGCGGCGCUGCUGGCGUAG